AUGAACAGAAUUGGAAGGUCUCAACGUCAACUUGGGAAAAGUAUAGUUGCUGAGAGCAAAGAAUACAACAGCAUGGUCUGUUCUCUCAAAUGCCAUAAUAGCAUUGAACUCUGCAAUUCUUUCCAUUUUGACAAAGAAUCCAACAGCUGUGUAUUGGCAAAUAUAAAGUUCAUGGAGGAUAUACAAGAGGAAGAAUCAAUGCUUGUGUUCCUAAAAGCAGAUGCUUGCCUUGGAUAUGAACCAGAUAAAAAUGAGACAGUGUUUCUUAUUGGACAGGGAAUAAACACUGCACAAUCUUACCCAUUUGAGUUCCCUCUGCCAGUGCCAACCGAAUUAGGUUCUUUCACACGAGGAGGUGUUGCAUUGCUGAAUGGAAUUAUUUACAUAUAUAACCCUAGCACUGUUCAAUGCUUCUCAAAUGUUGGGGGUAACUGGGAAUUACUGACAAAAUGUGUAAAUCAACGAAGAUAUCAUGCAAGUAUGACAACUGUUGGAGAUUAUAUUAUGAUUAUGGGUGGGGUUUGGAAUGGAAAUAAGUUCAAUACUAUCGAACGGUUUGACGGUGAUACUUGGACUACCCUGGCCAAUAAUCUGACUUACGGAAGAUAUUCACAUUGUAGUGUAGCAAUAAGCUCCACUGAAGUUUUGGUGAUUGGAGGUUACAAUACAUCUUAUAUAUCAGCAAUGGAAAAGUAUGACAUAAAUGGAAAUCAAAUCGAGACCCUUCCAAGCAUGGAGUUAGCUAUGUCAAAUUCUGGGUGUGCUGUUUACAAUAAUGAAGUCUAUGUUAGCGGUGGAAUAUAUCUAAGUGGUUUGUCUAGUGUAGAGGUGUACAAUAUACUAGCUAAACAAUGGAGAAAAGCUAAUAAUAUGAAAAGGGUGCGAUGGGGUCAUGAUAUGCAUGUGUUUAAUGGUAAACUCAAGGUAUUCGGCGGAGGAAAUUCUGAGGCUUCUCAAAUAUCAAUGGAGGAAUUUGAUGGAAUCAACUGGAUAGAAGAUAAUACUAAUCUCAGUAAACGUUUUCAUUACGGUAGAUCUGUUGUAGUUCCAUCAAACUAA